CGCGGUUCCAGCAGCCACGCGGUUCAAGCCAGAAAUGUAUGCUUAGGGCAGCAUUGUCCGUACGUGUAGCUCGCACGUCAUCUCCAUGCAUCCUUACGUGGUCUCUCAGCCUGCUUUCUUACGUGGUCGCUCAUCCUUACUGGUCGUUACUGGUCUCUUCGCUGACCAUGGUCAACGUUUCGUCGCCCCGCUUUCCUCCUUCCUUGACGCUGCUCACAUCGCGUUCUCCCUUCCCGUUGAGGUUCCCGUUGAGGCAAGCUACAGACUUUAGUUAACCUUACCAACUCCGCCCUUCUUUCAUUCUUCUUAGCCGGUUUUAGACUGUGAAGCGGAAGAGAGCUCAAACAGCUUGCUUGCCUUCCAUCCCUCCCUGCACUGCGUUUCUAGGCGUCUCAACACGCCAUUAAUUUCUCACGUGUAUCGCUUCCUGCGUUGCGUGUAGCAAUUAUUAGUCCAGCGUCGUCAUGUGACCUCGGUCCUUCUCUGUAAAUCAAUCGGCGACAAAAAGCCUACAAUCAUAUCAACUCGCAUCGUCGCUCACUUAGCUAAGCAUCUUUAAGAGCUAACGUGUCUUUAUCCCACCCGGCCUUAGCUAAGACUCAUGCGACGCAACCAAGUCCAGCAAGGACGUAAUCUAGUGUGUCAGACGUAACUUAGUCUGUCGGACUGACGCAGAAUCAGCUAAGCGUUCGCUUUUAGACCGGAACAGCUACAAACGAACGAAAGAAUGACGUCAUCUGCCGACCGAACGCGACUCGCUCCGCCGAGGCUCUGGAUGGUGGAAGCAAAUUCCGUCAAGAACAUGGAGCUGAACGGAGCUCUGUUAACGUUAGCGUUACACGACCGGCAGAAGCAGCUGGAGAAAGAAGCGCCCGAGAGAAGUCGAGAGCACGGGGGAGACGACGGAGGAGGCGGAGGAGUCAGGGGGAAAUCGGAGUCGCGUCUUGGGAUUGAAAUAGGGCUGUGCUUCGUGGCUGGCGAAGGGCUUGGCAUCUUGGGUGCCGCCCUGCAGCACAAGGGCAGUGCGGGGGACGGCAGCAGCAGCAGCGAGGGCGUGUCUCCCGUGCUGCAGGCGCUGCUGAAGCCUCUGCUGGACCAAUGCGCUCACGCCCAGGUGCCUGUGCGCGUGCACGUGGAGUGGGGGCAGAAGCGCGACGAGGCCCUGUGCCAGGGCGUGAGGACUACAGGGGCAGAGCGGCUAUACGUGGGGAACAAGAGGUUUGUCUUCCGCCUCCUAACCCAGUCCACGCAUCCCUUGCUCCGCCGCCUGCCCCCUGGCUGCAUGCUCGUGGUUGGCCAACCAGGCUCCUCCUCCUCCUCCUCCCCCUCCUCCAAACCCGCAGACAAGACCAAACCAAGAGACAAGGGCAAUCCCUCCAGCCCUAACCUUUCCUCCCCAGCCGCCCAUGCCGCCCCUGCGUCCCCUCGUUUCCCCGACUCGCGUUCCUCGUCUUCUUCUGCCACUCCUGCUUCACGUAAGGGCGGCUCCUCCGGUUCCUCCUCCUCCUGUGUCUCCUCCUCUCAUGUGCUUCCCUCCUCCUCCGCCUCCUCCUCCUCUCUCCCCGCUCUCUCCCCUUCUCUUCCCGCCCUUUCCCCCCACAACGCUGCAACAGCAGCAGCAACAGCGGCGGCCGUAGCAGCGCCUGGCGGUGCUGCCGAUGGCUAUGCCAAUGGUAAUGAGUCUGAUGACGAGGAGGGUUAUAACGAGGAUGGCAGCAACGAUAGGGAUACGGAUGAUGACGAUGAUGACGGUGAUGACGAUGCCGUGUGCCGGCCCAAGUCCUCCUUCACCAUAGCGGACUGGGAGGCGGAGCUGCAGAGGGUGGCUAUCGGCCAGCAGAGGAUCGUGUCUCUGUGGGAUAGAGCCGAGGUAGCAGGCCGUGUGCGUGCCGGUGGUGGUGUUGGUGCAGCCGCGUUGGGUAGUCCAGGUGGGGUGGCUGCAGCUGGUAGCAGUGGCUUUGGUGGUAGCAAUGGUGGUGGUGGUGCUGCUGCUGCUGCUGCUGCUGCUGCUGCUGCUGCUGCUGUUGCUGGUGGUGCUGCUGGUGGUGGUACUGCUGUGGUGCUGCUGCCAACGCCAUCGACGGCUCACGAGGAGCAGCACCAGCAGCAGGUUCAGAGGCAGAUGCAGCUGCUGCAGCAGCAGAAACAGCAGCAGCAGCAGCAGCAGCAGCAGCAGCAGAAUCUGCCCGCCGGGCAGAAGAAAUUCCGCCCGCUGCGAAUCAUUGUCCCAGAUAGCACCUCCCCCCACCCCUCACGUGCGCCUACCCCCAGCCCUGGCCUGAGCGCCUCCAGCAGAGACGGGCGCACCCCAGGUGAAAUCUCAGGUGCCCUGGGGCCCUAUGCUGUGAACAGUAGCCCAGGAUUCAGCAGGGUCAGUAGCCAUGACAACCCGAACGCCCUCGUGCCGCUGGCCUCCCCUAGAGGCUUCUCGCUCCCUGGGAUGAGCCCUGGCGGGUUAAGUGCAGGGGCAGCAGGAGGAGGGGCAGGAGCAGGAGGAGGAGGGAGAAGGGGAGGAGGAGGGGGAGGUGUUGGAGUUGGUGUAGGAGGAGAGUUAGCAUUAGCGGAAGGAGGAGCGGAUAGGGGGCAAUCGGCAGCAGCGUCUAACAGCGGGCCGGUGUCCGAGGCGGACAGGCAGCGCAUGCUGCGGCUGCAGCAGCAGAUGCGGCACCAGUUCACCGGGCUGCAGAAGAUCCUGGUAGAGCAGCACCAGCCGUCCCCCGUCCACCCGUUGUUGGUCGGGGGGCAGCAGCAGCAGCAGCGGCAGCACACAGGGAGUGAGCAGCAGCCGGGAGCAGUUCAGCCGCAGCAGCAGCAGCAGCAGCAGCAGCAGCAGCAGCAGCAGCAGCAGCAGCAGCAGGCGAGGAGUCAGCAGCAGCGGGGAACAGCCCAUCACACCCGCCGGCACUCCGGGUCUUCCUCUUCCACCUCUAUCACCCCGCAGGGCACGCCCCCUCCCCGCCCCACCAAGGGCCGAGGCCUCUUCCCAUCCUCUUCAUCUGUCAGUGGGACUGGCACCAGCAGCGGCAGCGGCGGCAACAGACCUCAGGUGGAAAAGUCCCAUGGGGAUAAAUCUCCCUUAUGGAAGGGAUUAGAGAGUGUAGCAGCAGGCUUGUCUGCCAUUCACUCUGACAAACAAGCAGCCAAGGGCUCAGGUGGAAACUCAGAUGGACGUUCAGGUGGUUUCUCAGGUGGUUUUUCAGGUGGGUUUGCAGGUGGGCGUUCAGGUUGGCAUUCCCACCAGGGGAGCGAGGAUUUUCAUCUGAAAGGAAACGAGUUUGAGGGGAUCGACACGAGCCUCCUCAUCGUGCCCCGGAUCGCCCCAACCUCAGCCUCGGCAGCAGCCUCGGCUGGAGCCUCGACAGGCUCGCCGUCGCCGAACCUUACCCCGCCCACAGGUCUGGGGGCAGGCACAGGAGGGACUGGAGGAAUGAAGGUUGCAAGGGCUGUCUCACACGAGCAGCCAGUAGGGGGGGUGAGGAGAGGAGGAAGAGAGGUUUCGAAGGGCGGAUUGGUGCAACACCCUGUAAGAGGAUUGAAGGGAGAGGAGUCUCCAGCAGCCCCCCAGCAGCCGGUGGUGGUGGGAAAGAAGCUGUGGGUGACUGGCAGGUCUAGCUUUGGGAGUGAGAGGGAGAUAGCGGGCGGGAGUGAACCUUUAGCAGCAGGCAUGGGGCCGGUAGUAGCAGCAGAUGCUGUACCAGCAGCAGCAGCAGCAGCAGCAGCAAGUCCUGCCAACAGCACCAGCAGCAGCAGCAACGCUGGGAUGGGUACUACUAGCGACCAUCACACCAUCCCCAUCCCUCUCCCUUCCUCCUCUUUCUCUGUCUCCUCCUCCUUCCAGUCCUCCUCCCAAGCCGGAUUCCAAGCCAGCCGGCUGGACUCGGCAGACUGCCACCGCUUCCCCCCGGACCAGAUUCACCGAGCCACGGGGGGGUUCUCGCCCUCGCAGCUGAUUGGCCGGGGCAGGCUUGGGCCGAGCUACCGUGGGGAGAUCUUUGGAUGCCAAGUGGCGAUAAAACUGCUGGAGCUCGUUGGGGAGACAUCAGGGAAGAGUGAGAAGAGUGAGGAGCUCGGGGGAGAUGGUGGGGAGACUGGGAGGGUUAAUGGGGAGAGGAGGGAAGCAGGGGAUGGGGAGGUGGGGGAGCAGGAAAGCGCCGCUGUCGGCUCGUCCGGUGCGUUUGGCUCGUUUGGUCCUGCCACAUCAGAGGAUCAUCAAGUGGCACGAGAGAGAGUGCACGAAGCAGUGGAGGUGCUCAGUCGACUCAGGCACCCGCACCUGCUGCUGAUGAUGGGCCACUGCCCCGAAUACCCCUGUCUAGUCUAUGAGUAUGCCCCCGGCGGGGGCCUCGCGUCCCGGCUCUCUCGUAUCCACUCGCUCAUGGCUGCUGCUACUGGGGUUUCAACCGCUGCAGCCGCAGCAGGGGAGGCUACCAGCAGCAGCAGCAACAGCAGCAGCAUCACAGGUGGUGCUGCUGCUUCGGGCAGCGAAAGUAGUGAAGCCAUGGCGUCAGGUGCAAGGUUUGGGGAGGAGGAGGAGGAGGAGUUGGAGGCAGUGUGGCUGUCUUGGGUGGAUAGGCUGCGACUGGCGUCAGAGCUGGCAGGGGCGCUACUGUUCAUGCACCAGCAUGCGCCGCCCGUGCUGCAUGGCGGGUUGACUCUACAGAGCGUGCUUCUAGACCGAAACUCCGCGUGUAAACUCAGUGGCGCAGGCCUCUCCUUCUCGUCAGCUCACCCUCCUGGUAGUGCACUGGAGGGGAACAGCGGCGGUGCCUCAGCUUCUGCUUCUGCUUCUGCUUCUGCUUCUGCUUCUGCUUCUGCUUCUGCAUCUGCGUCUGCCUCUGACCCCAGGAGCAGCACAAAAGCAGGGGACACAUGCCACGACACCAGCAGCACGGGCUUACUGGGAGACGAUGUGCAUGCCUAUGGCAUUGUGGUGUUACAGCUGGUUACCGGCAUAACCAGCCCCUCUCUGAUUCACUCCCUCAUGCACUCCCAUCCGGUAGCAGAAGGUACAAGAUCAGCUGGUGGUGGGGUUGGGUCGGAGGGACACAGGAUAGAACUAGCCGAGCAAUCAGCAGGAGGGGCAGCCAGGGGAGGAGUUUCUGGGGGAGGUGUUACCUGCGGGUUCAACCUGGCUGAAGCAGUGGAUGUGUUUUUGUCCCGAUUGGACGUGACGGCGGGGGAAUGGCCGGUGGAGAUGGCAUCUGUGGUGGUGCUGCUGGCGCUGCGCUGUGCUUCGGGGCAGGUGGAGCUUCGGCCGGACCUGGCAGCUGAGGUUCAGCCUGCCCUUUCGGCUCUGGCUCGGGAAGCGGAGGAGAGUUUUGGGCGGGCGGCCCGGCAAAUGCUGCGGGCUGCCCUUAGAAAGCGAGAUUUUUCUGCCUUUCAGAAGAAAGUGGAGAAGAUUGAGGAUAGAGCAUCUCCCAUUGUUCUUGACACUUCAAAGCAUCAUGGUGUUCGGAAGCUGAUUGAGUCCAUGGUUCCCCACAAGUCUCCUUCAUUGCGUGGGAAAGGUUGGAUGAGAACGAAGUCUAUCAAGGGCUAGACAGCCCCGAUCUGUGGCAACCUUACCUAGUCUUCUAUUGCUUUUUAGUUCAAAAGCACCCAGAAUACCUGUACAUUGGAAGUGGUGGUGUUGAUCAAAACUCCAUGGUGUUAGAGAGAAUCAAUUGCAGCUCACGUUGGGUUCAGGAGUGGAAAGGUUAUACCG